AUGGCGCACCCCAUUCUGUCCCUCUGGCUGCUGGUGUCCGGGCUGGGUCUUCAUGCCUGUGGCCAAGGGGCUCCUGACCAGGAAAAUCAUCCAACUGCAGUGACCCCGCCAGCCUCCUCGACGUUCCUGAACAAUUCCCACUUUGCCUUCCGCCUGUACCGACAUAUGGUAGCCCCAAAUCCAAGCAGGAACGUUCUCUUCUCCCCACUGAGCUUCACCAUCCCCCUCACUCUGCUGGCCCUCAAGGCCAACGCAGACGUCCACACCCAGGUUCUGCAGGGUCUGGGGUUUAGCCCCACCAGGGUCCCAGACAACCAGGCCCACGUGCACUACAGUCAGCUUCUCCGUGGCCUCCUGCCGCCCGCUGGGGAGUGCCGCACAGACACGGGCAGCAUACUGUUUGUGGGCCAGAAGCAAAUAGUGCUACCGAAGUUCGCUGAUCUCGCCCAGAAUCUGUACCUCACAGAGGUCUCCUUCGCCUGCUUCAAGAACUUCCAGAUGGCCAGAGAUCAGAUGGACCACUUCACGAGGAAGAAAACCCACGGCAAAAUUGGAACACUUGUCCAGGAUCUGAAAGCAGACACUGUCUUAAUUCUAGCCAAUUAUAUGUUCUUUAAAGGGAAAUGGAAAUAUCGCUUUGACCCAAAGCUCACUGAGCUCAGACCCUUCUCAUUGAGCCAGGAGCUCACGAUCCUGGUGCCCACGAUGCUGUGGCUGGGCUGGUUCCAGCUCCAGCGUUUCUACCACCUGCACAGCUACGCCCUCUGGCUGCCCUUCAUCUGCAACAGCACUGCAGUCUUUAUUCUUCCUGACAUGGGGAAGGUCAGGGAGACAGAAGAGGGACUCAUGAAUGAGAAUUUUGACACAUGGACUCAGCCCUUCCCGCUAAGGCAUCUCAGAUCUAUUCAGUCGCCACGCAGGCAUCUCGGGAAUUUCUCUACAAAUCAUGCCCAUGAAGGUCUCCCAGGAGCAGAAGAGGAAGAUGUCACCAACCUCUGGUCCUUUCCCAUGUCCCUCAUCCCCGCCAUCCAUUUCAACAGGCCCUUCCUACUAUUAGUUUUUGAGGAAAGCAGCCACAACCUUCUCUUCAUGGGGAAAGUGAUGAAUCCCAAUGCAAAAUCAUAG